UUCUCGGGGGUCAUCAAGGAACUGGAGGGCGACCUGGCUAGGAUUAUCUGCCUAUUCUAUCUGGUUCUGCGCGGGCUCGAUACCAUUGAGGAUGACAUGACGCUUCCGGACGAGAAAAAGCAGCCUAUCCUCCGUCGGUUCCACGAACUCACCGUGACGCCCGGCUGGACGUUCACCGAGAAUGGGCCGAAUGAGAAGGACCGACAACUGCUCGUCGAGUACAACGUCGUCAGCGACGAGCUCCUCGAACUCGACGCUAAGUACCGCGACGUCAUCCUAGACAUCACGGUGAAGAUGCAGACAGGCAUGGCGGAUUACGCGCAUCGCGCCGCGACGACCGGCGAGGUUUACGUGGAGAAGAUAUCUGAGUACGAAUUGUACUGCCAUUACGUUGCAGGGCUCGUCGGGGAGGGCGUGACGCGUCUCUUCUCCGUGUCAGGCAAGGAGGCACCUUGGCUCGGUGACCAGCUCGAGCUCUCCAACUCUAUGGGUCUCAUGCUCCAGAAGACGAACAUCAUCCGUGACUAUCGCGAGGAUGUCGAAGACAAGCGGUACUUCUGGCCGCGCGAGAUCUGGGGUCGGGAGAUUUACGGGAAGGCGGUCGGAAAGCCGGCCUUCACGGAAAUGGCGCAGAUGUACCAGCCCGGCAACGAAAAGCAGGCUCUGUGGGUUCAGAGCGGGAUGGUUGUCGAUGCUCUCAGGCACGCUGUGGACUCGCUGGACUACCUCAGACUGCUCAAGACACAGAGCAUGUUCCAGCGAAACAUCAAGAUCCGCAAGGCAGAAGCCGCUUCGCUCAUCAUGCGCUCAACAAACCCCCGUGAUGUUGCCUACAUCUUCCGGGAUUACGCGCGCAAGAUCCACAGCAAGGCUACUUCUGAGGACCCCAGCUUCCUCCAGAUCUCCGUCGCAUGCGGCAAGAUCGAGCAGUGGUGCGAGCAACACUACCCGUCGUUCGUCAGCAUAUCGGCAUCUGCGAGCGGCGGCAGGCAACAGAUCGCGGAAGCAGCGGAUAAGCAGGACCAGGAGCGUGCAUGGCAGAAACGCCUUGCCGCCGCGGCAACGAACGGGAAGGCACAUGGCGCUGCGAAGCCUCUGGGCGACGGCAAGGAAGAGUUCAAAGACAUCCUGCUCUAUGUUUUUGGCGCGUUUGUGCUCGUAUUCGGCCUCGGCAUCGGCGGGAUAUGGUUGUUCUUGCAUUAUUACGACAAAUACAUGUCGUGAAAGUGAUGGCUCUGUACUGAGUGCCCAUAGCUAGCUAUACGUGUGCCAUAUCUUACAGGACGCUGGUCUGCGUUUGUGGAGCGGUUCUCGCGCAGUGUGCUUGCAAAUCACAUAGUGUACACGCAAAAUGCAUCACGACCACGUCGACAGCGCGGUCUGCUGGACUUGUUUCAUUCUGCAAAA